AUGUCGAGGCAGUACACAUUGAACGUAAACCUUCUUGUCUGUAGCUUUUCGGGUUGUGGCAUGAGAUUUGCCAACAAGCAUGAGAAGACUGGGCGUCAUGUCUGUGCAUGGGCUAAUGCGAAGGAAGCUAAUAAAGUAGCCAACCAGUUGCAGUCUACUGGUAUAUUUUCUGGUGGAGAUGGAGCUGUGUCUUCAGUGGUGGAUUGGGCAGAUGAAGCUCUUCAAGGUUUGGAAAUGGUACCCCCCUUUUCACUCUACUUGACACAAAAGUAUUCUCCAGAGUUGCAUCUGCACUUGGGAAAAAUGACAAUCAACUAUCCACAGUGA